GAUAUUCCACGUGUUGUCAAUUUCGCUGCAAGGCUUGUACAUUGAGGCAAGAGCAGGCGCUGGCUUGGUCAGAUUGGCAGACAGGAGGAAUAUGGUCGCUGUCACCUAACAUGACUGACCGGAAGAAGGGUCAUGAGCGGCCAAGUCGAUAUGGUCUCCCGCUACCGGAAGUCUGCCAUCUUACUCUGGACAAGGCCACAAUACAGGACCGAGCUGUCUUCAUUAUCGGCGACGUCCAUGGCUGCUACGAUGAACUCACAGAACUGAUGGACAAAGCUCGGACAUUGGAGGACACAGCGUUGUUUGUGUUUGUGGGGGAUCUGGUCAACAGGGGCCCUAAGUCCAAAGAGGUGGUCAAGCUUCUCCGAAGAACAGACUGUUACUCCGUUCGUGGAAAUCAUGAGGAGACAACUCUACGUGAACAUGCCCGGCUUAUAAAGGACCCCGGGUAUGAUUUACCGGAACGAUACCAAUACAUCCGGAAAUUUGAUGAAGGGGAUUUAGAUUAUUUGAAACGUCUUCCGUAUACGAUAUGCAUUCCUUCUUUACAAGCCAUUAUUGUCCACGCUGGUCUUGAGCCAGGAGUUGUUCUCGAGGAACAGUGUUUGACGGCCAUGACACACAUGAGGAGUUUAGUCCAGAGAGGGGCUACGGACACAACCCUUCUCCCAUCGAACAGGAUCUCUGAAGGCGUACCGUGGGCUUCGUUGUGGACUGGCCCCGAACAUGUGUAUUAUGGCCAUGAUAAGAAAAGAGGCUAUGUGGAACAUGGGUUCGCGACGGGUUUAGACACAGGGUGUGUCAAUGGGGGAACAUCUGACCGGUAUGUUUAUUAA